AUUUUCCUUCCACUCCCAUUGACAGCCAGUUAAGGCAACUUAAUAGCAGUGAAUGGUUUGAUAAUUUUAUAUUUUUUAAUAUUCAUAUUUGAUUCUACUACAGAAAAAUAUAUUUUAAAUAACAAGCGGAAUGAUAUUUCCAAGAGUUUGAUGUGAAUUGUGAUUGACAAAUUCUAAUUUCAUUUCGGCAAUUAUUCAACUUUACGGCUUGUAAGUUGUAAGGUUGUUGAAACUGGUAUAGAUUUCUUUUCCGUUCGGAACAAACGCGAUUGUUCCUCUACGUUGCGAAAAUGGGGAAAGUCAAGUGUUCUGAACUUCGUAACAAGGACAAGAAGGAUCUUGUCAAGCAGCUAGAUGAGUUGAAAACCGAACUCACCAACCUGAGGGUUGCCAAAGUUACCGGUGGGGCUGCAUCAAAGCUGUCAAAAAUCCGCGUCGUAAGGAAAGCAAUCGCACGAGUGUACAUUGUUAUGCACCAGAAGCAAAAGGAGAACUUGAAGAAAUUCUUCCUUAAGAAGAAGCACAAGCCAUUGGACCUGAGACCAAAGCUGACCAGGGCCAAGAGGAGGGAACUCACAAAACACGAGAAGAAACUGAAGACCAUGAAGGAGAUCAGGAAGCGAAGUGUCUUCCCCCCCAGGAAGUUUGCUGUUAAGGCUUGAAUAAAUUUUUUUAUUUGAAUCGCA